AUGACCCGCGACACCCCGCGCCUUCCGCUAUCGGCGGCCCUUCCGCCGCUGGUGAUGGGCACCGCGACUUUUAACUCACAGUACAACGAAGACCCAUACGCUCUCCCGACCACCGAGCUCGUCCACCGUGCCUUUGCCAACGGAAUUCGCGCCUUCGAUACCUCCCCCUACUACGGCCCCGCUGAGGAACUCCUCGGCCGCGCCCUCGCCACAGAUUUUGUGCAGACGCAGUAUUCCCGAGACUCCUACUACCUGCUCACCAAGGUCGGACGCAUCGCCGGCUCGUCAUUCGACUAUUCUCCGAAAUGGGUCCGCAAAAGCGUUGCGCGGAGUCUUCGUCGCCUACACACCGAGUACCUUGAUGUCGUAUACUGCCACGAUGUCGAGUUCGUCUCGCCCGCCGAAGUGUUGGAGGCUGUCCGCGAGCUGCGCAGGAUAAGGGAUACAGAGGGGACAAUUCGCUACGUCGGCAUCUCUGGAUACCCCGUUGAUGUCCUGUGCGAUCUCGCGGAAUUGGUCCUCCGCGAGACAGGCGAGCCGCUCGACGUCGUCAUGUCCUACGCCAACUUUACGCUGCAAAACACCCGACUCCUGACCGAAGGUCUACCGCGCCUCGUCGCGGCCGGCGUCGACGUGAUUCCAAACGCAUCACCACUGGGCAUGGGAUUGCUACGAAGAACAGGAGUCCCAAUCGGCAGCAUGGGCGAUUUCCACCCGGCGCCGGACGGCCUCCGAUCAGCCAUUCACAGCGCCGCGGAGUGGGCCGAUACACAGGGGGAGAAGAUCGAAGUCAUUGCGAUCCGGUUCGCUCUCGAGUCGUGGCUGCGCAAUGGCGCAAAAGCGGGAUCGCUCGGUCCGCCUCUUGCUCGUAGCCCCGACGCGGACCCGGGCUUUCUCUCCGUCGCAAACAUGGGCACGGGCGAGAGACUAGGCGUGAGCGUCAUGGGCGUCAGCAACGUCGACGAGUUGAACGAGACCCUCCGUGUCUGGCACAGUAUCGUCGACGGGCUUGAGAACCGCGACGAGAACCUCGGCGACGACUACUUUGAUGCGCCGAAACCAACAUCUAUACCCUCCGCUACCAAUGCACCAGCCGUCCUCACGCCCUCCGACGGCAUAAUAACAGACCACGCCUGGUCCCGAGACCGCCGCACCCGCAUCCUUUCCCUUGCCCAGAAGAUCCAAACGAUCCUCACCCCAACGUGGGUCGACUAUACCUGGCCCAGCCCACCCCCAGACUUCGUCAACACACUCUCACCAGACCAUUCAACCUCACUGAAGGACACCAUUGCAGCUGCUAGCCCGACGAGCAAGAUCGCUGCUGCUGUUAGCGUUGGCGAGAACGAGGCUAUGAUGACUCCUCCUUUGGAAGCGCAAGAUUUCAAUAUACCCGCUGGUACAGUUCCGGCUAAUGCUCUGUGA